AUGCGCACGCGCACUUGUCGGAAGGUGCUGCGGUUUAUGACAAUGGCGGAGCUGGGUGAGGCAGAUGAAGCGGAAUUGCAGCGCCUUGUGGCGGCCGAACAGCAGAAGGCGCAGUUCACUGCACAGGUACAUCAUUUCAUGGAGCUAUGUUGGGAUAAGUGUGUAGAGAAGCCAGGAAAUCGCCUAGACUCUCGCACUGAAAAUUGUCUCUCUAGCUGUGUGGACCGCUUCAUUGAUACUACCCUUGCCAUCACCAGUCGGUUUGCCCAGAUUGUACAGAAAGGAGGGCAGUAGGCCAUCUCCUGGGAACAAGACUGAAGAAGCAAAGGACUUAUUAUUAAAGUGCCAGUGGGGUAAGGAUGUCAUCUCAUUGUCAGGUCAACAUCAUGUGUUGCCAAGCUUCUUGGUGCUAAAAAGUUAACAGAUCAAAUGUUCAAAAA